AUGACGACAACCAAUAGCAACAUCGUUGUCGAGUGGCUGAGGUCACUACACUUGGGACAAUACGCGGAAUCGUUUUUAGACAACGGAUACGACGAUUUGGAAAUAUGCAAGCAAGUCGGUGAUCCGGAUUUGGAUGCCAUUGGAGUUUUCAAUCCGAAUCACCGUCUCAGAUUGUUACACUCCGUGAGGACGCUCAGGGAAGAAGGUGCCGCGAGCGUUUAUUUCACACUCGAAGAAACGUCGGCCGUACACGACGAGUGCAUGUGCGAUUCGAGUAGUUCGAAAACGGAGUCGUCGACGGGUAAACACGGUUUGAGUGAUGGGGUUGCAAGCGAGAAGGGAGGAGACGAGGGUGGUAAGGGUGGUGUUAGAGUGAAUUCUAGAAACAGUUCGCGGUCGAACGAAAGUUCGAAAGACGUCACGGGAAAGUUUCGGGACGAAUACGAAGAAGGGAAAGCCGAAUUGGUUAAAAUCCCGAGGAUUCAAUUGAAAAUGCUUUUGAAAGAAAAAUUGGGAAAGGAUGGGAUUCGACUCAGUUGUCAACCUUACUCGACUUCGUUCCGGGGAACAUCACCGCCACCCGGGGAAAACAAAAACAACGAAAAAAAUUCAAAAUCGUGA